AUGGAGUCAUCAAAUGAAGUUCCAAAAAGAAAACGCGGAAGACCUCUGAGUAAAACUGGUGUUAUAUCUGUGCAAUCAAAAGAUCCUGCUCCAUCUAGUCCUUCUACUCCUGAAAAAGGUCAAACUAGUCAAAUUGCAAAACGAAGAGGAAGACCCCCAAAAAAUUGCGCCUCAACCCCAGAAUCAACUUCAUUUAAGGGCGCAAGUAGUACAAAUAAUGAUACCAAAAGGAGAAUUCGUCCAUCAGUCGUUCCUGUAGGAAGAGAAACAAUUGUUUCUAAAAAAGGAGAAACCCCUUCAAGGAAUCGUCUUGAAAAUUUUACUCCUGUUAAAGUAGAUUAUGAAAUUCAAAAACGUGGUUGUAAGCCUAGGUCUGUUUCUGUCCCACCUCCUAAUUCAAAGGUUAACCAAAAGGGCAAUGUAAAAGUUGAACGUGAUCUUAAAAGAUCUUUAUCACGUGAAAGGGUGCCUAGUAAGCUACGCAAAAUAAAAAUACCACCAAAAAGUAGUGAAUUUUUAGAAGAUUCUGAUGAUUCACAUGAAUCCUCCUUAAUAAAAAUUGAUAGUGAUCAGAAAAUUUUUCUUUCGAGAUAUCAGCCUGUAUCGCGUGGUCGUAACAGAGGAUCUCCAAAGAAUAAAGUUGAUAACAAUAACCAAUUUGAUGUAGCAAAUGACUCUACUAAAUUUAAUCGUUUAAGAAAACCUUUACAAUCUGAUAUCGAAGCAUUUAAAGUUAAAAAGGAGCGAGAGAUGCAGAAUGAUUUCUCAAACAAAAAUUUUUGUGGUCCUCAGAGAGUUCGACCUUCUCUAGAAAGUAAUAACAAAGACAAAUUUGAUGAUGUAAAAGGUUCCACAACACUUCGAAAAUUGAAUCGUUCUGUGUCACGUGGUCGCCAAAGGAGGUCAUCAUCAGAAAGUAGUAGUAAUGAAACUAAUCUUGCGCAAAACUUUAAAAAGAAAUCAGGAAAAUCUCAAGUAAGAAAUCUCUCAGUACCACAUGAUCUCAAAAGAAAAAGAUCUUCACUAAAAGAUAAUGAAGAAAUUAACCAUUCUGAUCGAAACCGUUCUAUGUCUCGUGGCCGACCUUUAUCAAAAAGUAAAGCCGAGGAUGGAAAAAACAAAAAUUCGGAUACACAAGAUUUUACAACUAAAAAAAAAACCGAAAAAACCCCCUUGCGGUCCGUGUCGCGCGGUCGUCAAAGGAGGCUUUCACCACAGACUAAUGAAUUUGUUGAAGAUGAUAAUAAUUCAUAUCAAUCAAAGAUAAAUAAGAUAAAUAAAAUAUAUCAUGAAAUUGAAUCGAGACAAUUAUCGUCUUCGUCUUCUGAAAAAAGAUACGGACGACUCCCAUCAAAAAAUCAAUCAGUAGUAAUACCAGUUAACAAUAAAGUUGAAAGACUUCGUCGAAGUCAAACACCUAAAAAUCAACAAGAAACAAUAGAAAUUUCAACAAUAAAACGCAGGCCGAGCAAACUGAACGGAUUGAGAAAGGAUCCAACAUCUGAAUCUUCAAGCACACAAAAAUCUAACAAAAAAACAUCUACCGAAAUGUCUUCAAGAAUUACCAAAGGUACACAACAUUCGAUAAAGAAUUUUCAGAAUAAUCCAAUUAAGACUGUUAAAAAAAAAGCUUAUUCGGAAAUCCCAAUCGAGUCAUCACCAUUCAAUUAUGAAUAUACAGAAAGCGAAAGUUACUCACAAAAAUCAAACUUUCCUGUUAAAACGGCGGGUGACAAAGGAAAAAGUUCAUUUGAAUCAUUUAAUGAAAGUGAAACUGAAAUUGUUCCUCAGACUAGAGGUGGUUUAGGAAAAAGUGUACAUUUAAUCCCAUUAGUCUAUUAUUCAAAUGAAUCAGAAUCAGAUUCAGAAUUUGAAUUUGUUCCCGACAAUCUUGACAAUCUUGAAUUUGAAAAAAUUCCAGUUAGGGGUAAAAGACUAUUUUCUUUUCCACCACAGAAUAAUGAUCCGGAAAUCGAAUCACCAAAAGAACUUUCUUCGGAAGAAGAAUCUUUGAGAGAAAAAAUAGAUGAGUGCACAACAACAAAAAUUCAUGAAAAAAAUGAAUCAGAAUUGGAUGAUAAUUCGUCUAUUUCAAUUGUAGACAAGGAAACAGUAGAAACACUACCAAAACUUAAACCUGAAAGACCACUAAAAAAUAAAAUCGAGACAAAUGAGCAACUGCAAACUCUGCAACUUGACAAUUCCAUGAAUCAAGUUAUUACUGAUAGAUCAAGUAGAGAAAAAUCAUUGGAUAAUCAGGAUCGGCAAUUAAUUUCGGAAAACACACAAAACAACUUGGGGAAUCUUAAUAUGCAAAUGCCUAUGUUAAUAGAACACUGGUCUCCUUCCGGAAUUGAAAAUGGUUGUAUAGAGAACUCAGUCGACCAUUAUUUGCAUGAGCCCAUCGAAAGAAUGGAGAAAAAAAUUGAUACAAUGAUUCAAGAUAAUGGGUUAAUCGAACCUUCGGCUGUUUUAUGGUUAAAUUCAACAAAUAAUAAUAAUAAUGAAAUCGUGAAUGCAUUUCGAAUUGGAGCUAAUGAUGAUCUUUUUAUGGGUAAUCAAUUUUCAAUGGAAAGUUCUCAAUUCACUUCUAAUCAAGACAUUUCUACGGAAUCAUCAAUUGCGGUACCAAAUGAAAUAUUACUUUCUGAAGAAUUGUCAGAUUUGUCAAAUGAAAUUUUCGAUUUUUCAUUCUUUGAUUCUUUGUUAUUAAGUCAAGAAAAUGAUUUUAUGGAUUUAGAUAGGAAUCCUCUUUAA